AUGGAGGACACCACAGGAGUGGCCAAACUUAGGUUGCUGAAGUCUACCCACUUGGAGGGUCUGAGGAACAGCACCCAAGUGACUGAGUUCAUCCUGACAGGGCUGUCGCAUGAAAGGGGGGUCCAGCUUUUCCUCUUUGCCCUGUUCCUCACUUUCUACAUGAUUGUCCUGCCAAGCAAUGUGCUGAUCAUCAUCACCAUCCGGAGUGACCCUCAUCUCAGCUCACCCAUGUAUUUCCUAUUGGCCAACUUGGCAUUCCUGGACAUCUGGUAUUCCUCCAUCACUGCCCCCAAGAUGCUAGUUGAUUUCUUUGCUGAGCGCAAGAUCAUUUCUUUCUGGGGCUGCAUUGCUCAGCUCUUCUUCCUCCACUUUGUGGGUGCCUCUGAGAUGUUCCUGCUCACAGUCAUGGCCUAUGACCGCUACGUUGCCAUCUGCCGUCCUUUGCACUACUCCACUAUGAUGGGCCGGCGCUUGUGCAUCCUACUGGUGAUAGCCUCUUGGGCUGGGGGCUUCGUCCACUCUCUCAUCCAAGUUGUGCUGAUCCUCCGCCUUCCAUUCUGUGGACCCAAUGAAUUGGACAAUUACUUCUGUGACAUCACCCAGGUUCUGAGGAUCACCUGUGCCAACUCCUUUGCUGAGGAGAUGGUCAUGAUAUUCAGCAGCGGCCUCAUCUCUGUGGUCUGCUUUGUGGCCCUCUUGGUUUCCUACAUCUUCUUGCUCACCAUGCUGAAGAAGAACAGUGGUGAGUCAGCCAGCAAGGCUCUCUCCACUUGCUAUUCGCACAUCACCAUAGUUAUUUUCAUGUUUACCCCUGCCAUCUACAUCUAUGCCCGACCCUUUGAUGAAUAUGCUCCUGACAAGGUGGUCUCUGUCUUCCACACAAUAAUCUUUCCGCUUCUAAACCCCAUUAUUUAUACCCUCAGGAACAAGGAGAUCACCACAGCUAUGAAGAAGGUGGUCAACAGAUACCUCCUGUGCAAGAAAACAUGA